CUGAGCACUAGUACUAACAUCACAUAUCACGAUACAUAUUAAAUAUCAUAAAAAAUGUGAAAAUCCCCAUCAUGUGGAAUUAAAACCCGGUAAACCAAGAAGCUCUGGCCACCACUUGGCGAUUUGUGUGCAUUUUUUUUGGAUCUACGGAGGACCGAGGAUGUCGUUCGUGGAUCCACCUCUUUCCCCCCCAUUAAUCAUACUCAGUAUCACUACAUAUUUUAGAUAUGAACAAUUGAGCAAAGAAAUAUACAUUAUAUACUAACUUACAAUUUCGAAAGUCAUGGCCACAAAUCAUUCUCCUCUAAGGUUAAAUAAUCUUCCUUCCCAUUCAACAUCAACAAUGAGCACACCCACACCCCUCCCUCCCCUUCCCCUCCCAGCCGGAAUAACAUCAACCUACAUCCCCACCCCCAAUCUACACUACCACAUCCUCCACGCCGGGAACCCCUCCCAUCCACUCCUCCUCCUCCUCCACGGCUUCCCCGAACUCGCCUUCUCCUGGCGUAAGAUCAUGCCCCUCCUCGCCGCCGAAGGCUAUCACGUGGUAGCCUACGACCAACGCGGAUGCGGAAGAACCACUGGAUGGGAUACUCGAGCAUUCUCCUCCGUUGAUUUAAAUUCCACAACGCUUGUACGACUUGUGCGUGAUGCGGUCAUUUUGGUUAAUGCAUUGGGUUAUAAAGAUGUGAAAUGUGUGCUGGGUCAUGAUUUUGGGGCUGUGGUGGCAAGUUGGUGUGCUUUGAUUAGACCGGAUUUGUUUAAAUCGUAUAUCUUUCCCUCUUUUCCUUUUUCUGCUUCUUCUCUUCAUUUUUGGAAUAUUGGUCAUAUGUGAUGUAGACUAUCCUAACGUCAAUCUAGAGUUGUAAUAAUGUCACAUCCCUUCAAAGGAUCCCCUGCCCUCCCCACCAACACCCCCAACCCUAACCCCGCCGCCCCAUCCCCAACCGAAGACAUCCACGAAUCCCUAGCCAAUCUCCCUCCCCGCAAACACUACAAAUGGUACUACUCCACCCCCACCGCAGCCACCGAAAUGGACAAUCCCAAAUCCGAGCUCCUCCCCUUCCUCCGCGGCUACUUCUACCUCAAAUCCGGGCACUGGCCCACCAACACCCCGCAGCCUCCUGGAGCUCUUCCGAACUCCAAAAUCUCCCUCCCUACUACAUCAUGCCACUCCACUCAUCCAUGCGCGAAGUUAUCCACCAAACCAUGAAAAAUGAACCCUCGUCCGCAUCCGAUGAUUCCCACGUCCAAAAAUCCAUGAGUAACUGGCUCAACGACGAAGAAUUAACCGUCUACGUAGAUGAAUAUUCCCGCACUGGUUUUCAGGGAAUGUUAAAUUGGUAUCGUGUUACUACCGAUCCGUACUGGAUGGAAGAUACUGAGGUUUUCGCGGGGAGGAAAAUUGAAGUUCCGUUGUUGUUUGUAAGUGGAGAGAGGGAUUGGGGUAUGUUUCAAGAACCGGGGGUUUUGGAGAAGAUGCAUGAUGUGUGUUUGAGGUUUA